AUGACUCUGCUUUGCUUCGCGAUCUUGGCUCAUUCUCGACCAUCUGAGGGACAGCGCAACCCAUACCGCACAGUCGUCCAGGAUGACGACUAUUGUCGAAAACCUGUCGGAAUGCUUGAACUGCAACAGACACCAGUCAAGUCGUUUACCACCCUCGCGGAGUGUCUCCUGAUAGCAGCCAAAGCUGCCGGCGCACAAUAG